AUGGAUUCUGCUGUUAUUACUUCUACCAUCCAGAAUGACGACAAGAUUCAUAGCGCUGUGAUGCUUUUCAACCGGUGGUCCUAUGACGACGUUCAAGUCAGUGACAUAUCCGUGCAGGAUUACAUUACUGCAACAGCAUCAAACCAUCCAACCUAUAUGCCUCACACUGCUGGCAGGUACCAAGCCAAGCGGUUUAGGAAGUCCCAGUGCCCCAUUGUGGAGAGGCUGACCAAUUCCCUUAUGAUGCAUGGGCGGAACAAUGGCAAAAAGUUGAUGGCUGUUCGCAUUGUUAAGCAUGCUAUGGAGAUCAUCCAUUUGUUGACUGAUCUGAAUCCCAUCCAAGUCAUCGUUGAUGCUGUUAUCAACAGUGGACCUAGGGAAGAUGCAACACGAAUCGGUUCUGCUGGUGUUGUGAGGCGUCAGGCUGUUGAUAUUUCUCCCCUUCGACGUGUUAACCAGGCAAUAUAUCUCCUUACAACUGGUGCCCGUGAGAGUGCUUUCAGGAACAUAAAGACCAUUGCUGAGUGCCUUGCUGAUGAGCUCAUUAAUGCUGCCAAGGGUUCUUCCAACAGGUAA